AUGCUCUUUGCUGUGAGCCUCGUCCUGCUGUUUGCUGGAAUCUCUGCUUCUGAAGCUGAAACCAUCUGCAAGGCGGCUAUCUGGUCCUCUCGGAAUACUUUCAUUCGUCAUUAUCGAAACGAUCCUGCUGCCCUCACUACCGUGGCCUUUGGCAGGACGGUCAUUUCUGUGGGCUCUUCUGCCUAUAGAAGUCGUGAAGUGUACGGAGUGAACGAUGCAGAAGACAUUUUCAGCUGGGUAGACAAUAAGUGGAAACAAGUUCCUGGAAAGCUCAUCCAUGUUUCUGUUGGACCUGCUGGAGUUUGGGGUGUGAACAGAGCCAACACCAUCUUUAAAUUCCAGGACAAUGCAUGGCUGCCUAUAUCAGGGGCCUUGAAGCAGGUAGAUGCUGGUGGUGAUAAGUUCUUGGGUGGAGUGAACGCGCAAGACAACAUCUUCUGCUUGAGACAGAGUUGCACAGUUUCAAGAUCUUCUGCUGUAUCCUUCACCCCACUUGAAGGAUCGCUGAAAUAUUACAGCUGUGGACCAGUGGGCUGCUGGGGAGUGAACAGCGGCAACAGCAUCUACUUCCGCCACAAUGUCAACCCAACCGCCUGCCAGGGAAACCAAUGGCAGCACAUUGAAGGCAGUCUGGUGAUGAUAGAGGUUGGCACAGAUGGUUCUGUGUACGGUGUCAACUCAGCCGGCAAUGUGUACAGAAGGGAAGGAAUCAGUGCCAAAACCCCUAUUGGUACCUCCUGGACUCAACUGGACUUUUGCGCCACUUUCAAACACGUCACUUACGACAAUGGCUAUCUGUGGCUUAUCAACCCAAGUGGUGGCAUCUAUCGAUGUGCAGUGAAC